AUGACUCUUGGUUCCGAUGAGGUUCGGCAGCUUCAGGAACCUCUAUACCGAUGUUUCUUGGGCUUUCCGUGGAACCCAGCUAUUUCACAGUCGAUAAUCAGUAGUCAACGACCUUCUGUGAAUGAAAAUUAUAUCAUCAACGCUCCCGGAGUCUUAUCCAAGGCUCCCGAUGCCGUCAAGCUCUUGCAGAAUUCUUUCCGAGGUUCUCUGAUCCGGCAUAUACACUGUCUGACAUUGGAUCUGGUCUCCAUGCCCGAGAAGAAUAGUUCACCAAGUCUGUCUUCGAACAUCAACCUUUCUCUCGGAUCGGAUCAGCUCAGGGCGCCAGUGGUUCUUGCACUGGUCUUCCCCUGUUUGCUACAUUUUUAUGCAGAUUUUGAUCCUGCCAUGCAGAAUGGCCUUCCCACGAUUCACGAUGGCCAUAGCGGCUCCUCAAUGCCCACCAAACUACACACGGUCACAAGGAGUGGCCAAGAUGGCAUGCCUGGCAGGCCCUGCAGUUACCGAGCCAUCUACGUUGGCCUCAUAUCGAGGAUAAUAUUCCACACUAGCAUCCAUACAAGGCAGGCGACGUAUGCCAUUGAGGGCAGGACAUCUGCAACUUGUGUGAAGGCCGCCUCUCUAUCGAAGACCAAGAAGGCCAAGUUGCCCAAUUUUCGAGAAUACUCGUAUAGAGAUGAUUACAGAUUCGAGCUUACAAAGCAACUGCCGAAUACCAUGUAG